CAUGUUCAUGUCACAAAAGAGGUUGCCAAAUUAAUACCAAAGAAUCGACUUAUGACCGAAUCCGAAUGGCGCAGUUUGGGUAUUCAACAAAGUCCAGGAUGGGUGCACUAUAUGAUUCAUGGACCAGAACGUCAUGUGCUCUUGUUCAGGCGCGCUUUACCGCGUAAGAAUACAGGUGGUACUCAAAAAGGAGGCAACAGUGCGGUCGGAGUUCGUGGUUGA